AUGACUUCUCAAAGUUCCCAAAGUUCUCAGCGCGAGUUACGGAAAGCGUUCCAAGGCCUGAAGAUUGGCUCGAUUAAGUAUAAAUCCGAACAUCAUCUCCUGACCAUCCUUGAGAAUGCCCCGUAUACGUCUAAAGGCUGGAUGGUGGCUAUUGAUCGGUGGAAUCAUCGCGAACUUCCAACGUUUUUCAAGACGAUCCCUUUCUGGGUUCGUAUUGAAAAUCUUCCUAAUAUUUACAAAAGAGAGGAAAUUGUUAAAUGCAUCGGUUCUAAGCUUGGCCAUGUGGAGGAAGUGGAAAUUACUGAGCCCACUGGUAUUCGUCCUGCGGAGGUUGGGUUAAGCUUUGACGUUUGCCCCCAUCCUCAUAAUCUAGAAACUCAAAGCUUUCAGUUAAUGCAAAUUGAUCCUGCGCUGGUCACUAUGGAAUCCUCAGCUCUUGCUCUUCCAUCUUUGUCGGAACAGACCUCAGGUCCGCAAUCGGCAGCUCCUACUACUGUUUCUGCAAGUUCUUUUCAGGCUCUUCCCAAUACCUCACUUUUAAAGAUCGAUUCCACUGAUCCAGGAGAGCCUUCCAGUAGAAUGGAGCUUGGUUCAAAGCGGAAGCAGCAGGACUCUGAAGCUCAUCAACAUCCACUCACUACAAAACAUCAAUCUUGA